UCAGCUGUGUCAUAAUUCCUAAUGUCACAGUUAUUAUUAUUUAAGAAAAUACGAUCAAUAUUUUUUACCAUGAAUGUCCAUUCUUGUUUGGCAAUGUUUUAGCAUUAUUUAUUUAUAAAUUAUUGUUGCUCUAUUACACUAAAUCACAGACUAAUAUUGCAUUGAACACACAAACUUAUUUUAAGUGUAUACCUGAUGUCUUGGGGUCAUGUUUUCACCAAUAGGCAUAUUAUACAGGAGUUAGAAGAUGUAGUUGCUCAUAAAACGAGUGUCUCCGUAUUUGUAGCGUUAUUCUAUUUGGAGAUGCUUUAUAUUCUCUUAAUGACUCUAUCCAUCUUAAACAGACUUAACCAGAACUUAUCUUGGUAAAGAGAGCAUAAACAUGAAUAAAAUAAUUUUGGAAAACCUUAUGUUGGAUAAAAUAUCAGAUAAAGAUAAUAUUUGUGUUAAACCUAUGCAUCAAAUGUAUGCUCAUCAAAUUGAUGGUGUAAGAUUCCUAUUUAAAAAAUGGAAAAACAAGUUGUCAGAUUACUGUGUACUGAGUUUUCCUCCUCAACAGGGCAAAUCUGUUACAGUCUUAUUAUUUCUUUAUGCUGUAAGAACACAUCUUUCUUAUCCAAUUCUGAUUCUUUGCAAAGAUGAUGAAGAAAUGCUGAAGUGGACUUUAAAUUUAAAAAAAUGGACUCGCUAUAGUGGAGAUGACAUUGCUAUAGACCCCAAGAAAGCACUGAUAAAUAAACAAAUAUUUAUAAAAAAAUAUUCAGAUGUUUCAAAAUUAGGGCCUUUCUUUAGGCGCACCUGGAGUAUUGUUGUAAUUAAAACUGAUGAUUGUGUAUCUCUCCCCCUUUUUCAUCGUGUAGAAUUCACAAUAUGGUUAACAUCUUCUGAUCUUACUAAAAAUGUAAGUUUAUUAAAAAGUAUGCACAACUGGAUCAUGCCAAAGGUUGAAUUUGAAAUGCACACAGAAAUUCUUCCAAAGUGGAAAAACGAAAUACUAAAGCAUUCUAUGCUGGAAAGCUUUGUAUUAAUAAGGACUCCUACCUCAUUGAACUGUCAGGAAAAUGCAUCACUUGAAUCAUCUAGAGAACGUAAAAGACUCAAAAAUAAAGACGCAACGGGUCUUAAGAGUAAACGCACAAAAAAAUCUACUCACGAUAAUAGUCGAGAUGUAGCACAUGAAGAAAUGGAUGUUGAAAUAUUUAUCAGAAAUGAAAAACCAGUCCGAACACUACGUCAACAAUUUGAUGAAGAAUAUGAUUUUGAUAUUGAAGAUAAUGCCAAUGUAACAGAAAGGGUGGAAGUGUUAAAAAAUAAUGUAAUACAUGCAGAAGUUAUGGAAAGUACCUUACAUGAAAGCAUCAAAGGCACUAAUAACGUUAUUGAAAGUGGUCAUCCUGUCGAAGAGAUAAAUAAAAAUGCCACAGACUGUGAUACAAAUAAAAUAAUUGAUGAAGAAGUACAAAAUAGCAACUCUGCAGUAGAUAUUGGAUACAGUUGUGAUAUUCUGAAAGAAAACAGUGAAAUGUCUACUGAAAGCAAUAUAAGUGAUAUUAAAAAUGAUGAUCUAACUUAUGAUUUAGAAGCAGCAACUAACCAUCCAAUCAAAGAGUCAAUCAAUCAUGACACAGAAAGCGAUACAAUUGAAAAAAUUCAAGAUGUAUUUAAAGUUCCAGAAGAAAUAGAAAAGUCUGAAGUAGUUACUGAACAUGCACAUGAUAUUCUUCAAGAAAAUUGUGAAAUAUCUGAAUGUAAUACAAGUGACUUAAAACAUGAAAAAUCCAGUGAAUUAGAAGCAAAUGUUGCUUCUACAAAAAAUAAAUCUUUUACUUAUGAUUCAGAUCUAGAUACUAAGCUUAAUGAAAUGCAGGAAAAGGCAAUGAAAAAGUUCAAAGGAUCGUUGCUAGAUAGUAUAUUUUAAUUUCUCAUCUAUAAAGUUGUACAUAAAGUUAUGUAAUUCUUCAUGCAAUAUAUGUAUAUAUAUUUAUAUCUCCAUUGUAUAUAAGUCCAGUUCUUAAGGUAGGCAUAAUUUCUUUUAUAUUUAUUAUAAAUAAUAUAUAGUAAUAAAUAUUGUCAUUUGAUUUAUUCAAUAAAAGGCUAUAAUUGGAUAAUAUAUUUUAAUAACAUGAUUAUAAUAUUGAGUCUUAAUUGAAAUAUUCUUCUAGAAUAGAAUUAAGUACAAAACAAAACGGUACCGAGUUCAAUUAUUGAGUCCGAUUGAUGGAACAAAAGACAGUCAUAAACACUAAAUACUGUUCUACACUUUCUUGUUUCUCAAGUAUUCAAAUUCGAAAAAAUAGCCAGCUGCAUACUGUCGCCAAUUACAUUUAAAUCAAAUACAUUAUUAAUAAAAAAUAAAAUAUCCAAACACAACCAUCUGGAGGAACAUAAUAACAUUGGAUAAUAAAUUAAUGUGAGUAAAUCUAUAAAUAUUAAUUGUCUAAAAAAUAUUUUCGUAAUGUCAAAAGAAAAAUACUCUUCAGGUACUCUUUCUAUUUUAAAAUGCGGGUAGUUACAAAAUUUGUUAGUAAAGCAUGCAGACACUUAAAACUACUUACAGUUUGCGCGUUUUGUUAAACAAAACAAUAUUUAAGGCAUUAAAAAUCAUUUUAGUUUUUAAUAUUAUUUUAAAAAAAAAUGUAUAUAAAAAAAGAAACUUAGAACUAGUAGAAUUUCAUAGUUUUAGUCAAGAUAUAUAUAUAUAUAUGUACUUCCUACAUAAAAUUGGAAUGUAUUAAAGGUAUUUGCCAGGAAUUUCUUCAUAUAAAUAUUAUUCACUACUACCCUCAAUUAAAGAAUGUUUCAUUUAUUUAUUCGUGAUAGCGGUAAUGUCAAAACAUUCAAUACCUAUUUGAGGCUUACAUAAUAAAGCACCACAUUAAAAUGAAAUGAUUCAUUUGGGAUCGGGUGAUUAUUUCGACUUUCAAUACUAAUACACAACAGUCAGUACUAGGUUUAUUUAUGCGUAUAAUCAACACUUAUGAAUGAAAAGGCAAAAAAGAUAAAGACUACGCCAGGAACAUUUUAAAUAUUUGUUCCAUUCAAAAGAACAGCGUACGAACAUUUCGCAGCGCAGCAGAAACUCUAAAU